AUGACUGAAACUCCAUUAAAACAACGUUAUAUGGUUAUAACCUCUUUGUGGGAGGCUGGAACUCGUGAUGCUGACACUUUACAUGAUUGGACUUCUAUUCCACUUUCCACUAUAUACAAAUACAUAAAAAAUCUCAAAGAUGAUAUUCCUUUGAAUCCUCUACCACGAUCUGGCAGGCCAAAGAAACUUUCUCCUAAACAACAUCGUCAUCUAGGUCAACUCGUCUCAGUAAACAAAUUUUCUACAAGCACUGAACUUGCAAAUAUUUUAAAUGCCCAUAAUCCUGACCUAAAUGUCAGUAAUCGGACAGUGCUCAAUGAACUUCAUAACAUGCAAUAUCGCAGUACAGUUCCCAAAUCUAUCCCUCUUCUUACAACCAGGACAGUUAAUAAAUGA